AUCUACAUCUUACCUUUCCAAUUUCCAACGAAAAAACCUCUGCAAUGACAUUUAAAAAAUAGUUUAAAAUGACGUUUUGAUAAUAAUUUCCUGUUCAAACCCAGUGGGCUGCUGUCGUCAAACGUGGAUAUUCUUCCAACCGAGUGCAAUCAGUGGGCGAAAACAAUUUCAGUUAGGGGAAUUCCUAUAAAAAAGAUUAACGAUUGACCGCGGGACAACAUACAUAGCACCUUUUGUUUUGUUAGAUUUAUCCAAAUGUUUUGCCACUUCAUCUGCCCCUUCCGCAAAAUAGAAGACCUUCAAUUCUGCAGAUGCCACGCCUUCAAUUAGUACUCUACGGAUAUUGGCAGUAGCAGUUCUUUGGAGUAUCAUCGUUUAAUUUGAUUUGAAGAUACGCUCAACUUAUUUAAAUCUUGAAGCCCAAUCUAUCAUUGCAAAACCAUAAACAUGGUAAAGGAUCAUAUGUCUCAAUUGGGUUUGCCAGCAAUGGAAAUUUCAGUUGCAUUUCCUCAGGCUACUCCAGCCUCCAAAUUCCCUCCUUGUGUGUCUGAUUAUUAUCAGUUAGAUGAUCUUUUAACUCUUGAAGAGAAGGCUAUUCGUAAGAAAGUUAGGGAAGUUGUUGAAGCUGAAAUUGCCCCUAUAAUUGCAAAGUAUUGGGAGAGAGCGGAAUUUCCAUUUGAGAUCGUGCCAAAGCUUGCAAAUAUUAAGGUGGCUGGAGGUACCAUUAAGGGAUAUGGUUGCCCUGGUCUAUCUGUUGUUGGUAGUGCUCUUGCCAUGGCUGAGAUUGCAAGAGUAGAUGCCAGCUGUUCUACUUUUAUAAUGGUGCAUACUUGCUUAGCAAUGCUAACAAUUUCAAUGUGUGGAAGUGAGCAUCAAAAGGAAAAAUAUUUACCUUCUUUGGCUCAACUUGAUACCAUAUCUUGCUGGGCAUUGACUGAACCAAACUAUGGCAGUGAUGCAAGCUCGUUGAGCACAACUGCAACUAAGGUAGAAGGUGGCUGGAAGUUGGAUGGCCAAAAACGCUGGAUAGGAAACAGUACUUUUGCAGAUAUACUAGUUGUUUUUGCUAGAAACACAAGUACAAAUCAAAUCAAUGGGUUUAUUGUUAAGAAAGGAACUCCUGGAUUGAAAGUAUCAAAGAUAGAGAAUAAAAUUGGGUUGAGAAUUGUUCAGAAUGGGGAUAUUCUUAUGAAGGGAGUUUUUGUUCCUGACGAGGAUAGGUUGACAGGCAUCAAUUCUUUUCAAGAUACAAACAAGGUUCUAGCUGUAUCCCGUAUAAUGGUUGCAUGGCAGCCCAUAGGAAUUGCAAUGGGCGUGUAUGAUAUGUGUCAUAGGUAUUUACAAGAGCGUAAGCAAUUUGGAGCAUCUUUGAGUUCUUUCCAACUAAACCAAGAAAAACUUGUUCGUAUGCUGGGAAACAUUCAGGCAAUGGCCCUGAUGGGGUGGCGUCUAUGCAAGUUGUAUGAAGGUGGGAAAAUGACUCCAGGGCAUGCCAGCUUAGCCAAGGCAUGGAACACCUUACGUGCAAGGGAAACAGUGUCAUUAGGACGAGAAUUGCUUGGUGGCAAUGGAAUCUUGGCCGAUUUCUUAGUGGCUAAGGCAUUUUGUGAUUUGGAGCCUAUAUACUCAUAUGAAGGAACAUAUGAUAUCAAUGCAUUGGUAACAGGGCGUGAAGUUACUGGAACUGCAAGCUUUAAAGCACCACCUGUUAGCAGAGGAAUAAGAGCAAAGCUAUAAUUUGGGUGGUUUCUUAUAUGAUUUCCUUACUGUCAUUGCUGAAAAUAUUCAAGUUUUUGAACUUUCAUAUAUAAAGUUUGAAGGGCAAUAUAGCUUCACUAGAAAAUUAUGGCAGCAAAUGCAUUUUAUGCAUCAUUUUAGAGAGUUUGUAAUUGUACUUGGCCUCAUAUAUUUCUACAACAGGUUCUGCUUAAAUAAAUUUUAUGCCCUUGUCAUUAGAAUAAUGUGUAAUAAAAUUCCCCAAAGAAGUUUAUCUGUUAAUAACUAUUUUGUAAAAUUAUUCCAAAA